CGAGGACGGCGACAGCGACGGCGACGGCGACGGCACACUUGGCCACAAUUGUUUUGUCUGAAUCGAUACGCCCUGCGGCGACGGGCAUUUCGUAUGCCACGAAACGCACGCCGGAAACGGAGCGUCAUCGUCGUCGUACAUACGUUCGCGUACAACAUUUGCGUUGCUAUCAUGUAUCCAUGACUGGAGUCAAAAUCUAUGUUUCUUUCCACAUCUCUCUCCCCUCUUUCUUCCCUCUCUCUAUCUCUCUCUCUCUCUUCCCUCUUUCCUCCCUUCCUCACCCCACUCUCGAUCGAUCUCCUUCCUUCUUACUAUUUAUCCACAUUCCGUCUCUCUUCUCCUAUCGAUGCGUAUACAUUGCCUUGUCUUUCGUUGCCGCUUCUGUCACUCUUCCGGACGUCUUCACUGGUCGUCUCGCUUCAUUACUCUCGACACACCACACCAUAUCGCUAAGAACCUUGGGCUUUUCGAUCGUCAUAUCGUCGCGAACGUCUCGGGUCGCUGCCGUCGAUUCUCGCUAGCGUUGACGAUCGUUCCAUUAACCGACCCAGCGCGUACCGUCGUCCGCGAUACAAACGAGUGCCAGAGUUUUUUUCCUGUCGCCGACGUAGCUCUGCAGCUGUUUCGCUCGAUGCAAUGCGUCGCGCCGUAUCGCGGCGCCCGUAAUAUUCCGAUGAAAUUCGCGUUUCGUUUUUAACGAAUCACGACGUGCCGCCAGUCCAACGAUUCUCACUUUUGUAUACUAUGCUUCGUCACGGUCGAGUCUUGUUCUUGUAUUUCGAGAUAUAAACAGACGACGAAACCGCCGUAAUUUCGAGAUUGCCCUGGGGUUGGCACGUCCUCCGGGCCGGCCGGCAAGGAAGUUUCCUAUCACGGGAACGUGGGUGGAUCCAGCGUGGGAUAUAAGCCACCUCCGCAGCACGGCAAUCCGCAGACGAGGGGCCCGCCGCCGCACUUCCCCCAGGAGCCGGUAGUAGGGCCGCAGGCCAAUUCCCCGCCGUUGCACAUCAAUAUCUGCGGACAGGAGAACACGAUGCGUGGCCCGAUUUUAAACAUGAGUCCCGGCCUUGGAGCCAGUGGGGUGGACAUAGAGUAUCGUAGAAAUUCUCAAGCCACAAGUCAGCUACCUCUGAGUCCCGUGCAAAUUCAACCAUCGCCGCCGUAUUACAGACAGCCUAGCCAGGACGAUGGUAGAAAAAGUGAAUCGCCAUCCAGGAAGCGUCGUCGAAUAUCCCGCAAUGGCGCUGUUUCCGGAAUAGAGGUUCGAGAAACAACGCCGCCGGCUCCAACGCCACCCCUGCACACAACUCCAUCGCCUUGGGAAUAUUCGGGCGCGCCUCAACGACGCUCACCUCGCAAUCAUAUGUCUACACGCGGCAGUCCGACAAUUAGGAACCGUUAUCAACGAUACACGGACUCGUUCGGACUCUCCUAUCCGUUCCUACCAGGUGGUCAUAAUCCUCAUCAGACCAUCCACAAUUCCCAUCACGGUCUGCACAGUUCCCAUCACAAUAUUCACAGUUCCCACCACAGCUUGCACAAUUCGCACCACAACAUUCACGGCGCGCACCAAACCCAUCCCCAUCAUCCGCCCGGCACGGGGCAUCAUCAUGCUCAAGGUACUAACGCUCCCGUGGUUGUUGACGUGGGCCAAGUCGGCGUGUCUGGUUUGGGAGUCGCCGUUAGUGGGGAACCUCUGUGGCAUCCGCCAGCGACUGGUUAUAGGAUUCCGUGUCAACUUCAUAGCAUCUACACGCCUCACGGAACGCAUCCGUUCGGACAUUCGUGCCAGGUCACGCAUCACCAUAGUCAUUAUUCCGCUGCUCAUCCGACGCAUCCGGGUCAUCCUGGUCAUCCGGGUCAUCCGGGUGUGGUUGGAUCUUUGCUCGGUGCCGCUUCUAGAGGAUAUCCAACGCCAGCCGGUGGUCCCGUAGCGGCCUUGCAUCACACGCACCCACCUCCACCGCCUGUCCACACCACCGACUAUAGCGCGCAUCAUCAGCUGUCUCAACAGAGAGAAGUCGAGCUAGAAUUGAUAGAUUCCCAUCAUCAUCAUAGAGUGGGUGCCGCCGCUGGUGCACCGUUGCCAUUACCACAUUCGUACUCUCCGCCAACUAUCACACAGGUUACAACACCUCCGCCUUUAUUCCUGUCCGAAACGCGAAACAGUCAAUUGGAGAUUAUUCAGAGCAGAACUCGACGGGUAGCGUCGAAUGUGCAUACACUGCGGCGACCAAGAUACAGCAGAUGGCGAGGUACCACUCCGCUACCGCCUAUGACGUAUCCAGGAUAUCUGCUUCAUUUCUUGGCAAUGUUCAGCAAUCCACCGUUGUCACCUUAUAGCCAGGCCGAAUUGUCCUCGCCCGACUCGGCGACGGAAAAUUACGAGGCACUGCUGUCCUUGGCCGAGAGACUGGGUGAAGCCAAGCCACGGGGAUUGACUCGCGCGGAGGUCGAGCAGCUGCCUUCUUACAAAUUCAAUGCGGAGACGCAUCAAGGCGAUCAGACAAAUUGUGUCGUAUGCAUGUGCGAUUUCGAGGCUCUCCAGUCACUACGUGUUUUGCCAUGCUCCCACGAAUUUCACUCCAAAUGCAUCGACAAAUGGCUCAAGUCUAAUCGAACGUGUCCGAUAUGUCGCGGCGAUGCCGGUGAAUAUUUCGGAAAUAGCAGCGGCAGUAGUGACUGACGUCAAGCUGGCGACGUACACUAGCGUGAAACUUGUCGAGCAUCGAGAGCGUUAUUUCACACGGAGAUCAUCCCGGUAGCCGCCCUGCUACUCUGUGCAUAUCUGUGCCGUUGAGCGUUUCCUUCAUUUUACGUGAAAUGAGACACAGUCGUCAACACGAUCGCGUCAACGAUGCAACAUCCUUCGAGCGCCGAAAUUAGGAAUAAUGACGCCGAAACUAGGGACACAAGUGUCGAAGAAAGUGACUUCAGCGCAUGAUCUUGAUUGGUAUCGAAGGUGGCAGCGUCUCAUGCGCGCGCGAGUGAUGUGUGCGUACGUGCAUGCAUGUGUAUGUGUGUGUGUAUGUGCGUGCGUGCGCGCGCGCGCGCGUGUGUGUGUAAGUGGGAGAUACACGACACGAGAAGCUGUGUGUACGAUCCGAGGAAAAAGCGUGUCUUUCUUUCUGAUCGCGCUUCUUAAUAACGACGGAACGACGGAAUGCGAGAUGCAAUAAAGCAAUUUAGCAAAACGACGAAAUAUCCAAGAGACGUUAGGUUAGAUUAGAUUCAAUGUUCCGUUAUAGGUCACGGCGCAUUUCCCAUCAAAAAGAAAAAGAAAAGAAAAGCGCGCUCGCGCACUAUUUCGUUCUUGUUUCGUUUGCAAACGCUUCGAUUAAUAUUUUAACGCUCUUUCGUCAUUAUUUACGUCACUACUCUCUAUUACCGAAUUUAUGUACAUAAUCAUUGUAUACACUGGAUGCACGUCGCAACUUCCCAUCAACACGUUCCACUUUUCUUUUUCUUCUCCUUUGUGUAGUCUGCCUUUCGAUUCUCUAAUAAUUGUACAUAAUUCGCGUGAAACUUAUACAUAUGUGUGUGUGUGUGUGUGUGUGUGUGUGUGUGUGUGUGUGUG